AAUAUAUUUUCACGCUGUAUUUUUUAUUUUACUUUUAUAACGUAGUGUGUAGCUACAUAAACAAUAUUGAAAUAAUAUUGAAAAUACGCGUUAAAUUAGUGGAGAAGACGUUAAAACGAGCCGAUAAACGGAUAAAGAACGUGUUUGCUGCAGUGAUGGCGGCGCCUGCUUCUAACUAACUAGUAGUUUGGAAACCAGCCACCACACAGACAAUGCUACUGACAGCCAGCCGCCUGUCCAAAGUGCUGCAGCUCACCCUGGCGGUCAUCAAGCCGGAUGCUGUCGCUCAUCCUCUGAUGCUGGAGGCUCUUCACCAGAGAAUCCUGGACAACAAGUUUGUGAUUGUUAGAUGCAAAGAUCUGGUGUGGAGAAGACAGGACUCGGAGAGGUUUUAUGCUGAACACUCAGAGCGAUUCUUCUAUCAGAGGCUUGUUGAAUUCAUGUCCAGCGGUCCGAUGCGAGCUUACAUUUUAGCCCGGGAGGACGCCAUACGGCAUUGGAGGGAACUGAUGGGACCCACCAAAGUGUUCAGAGCCAGAUACACCUCUCCUGCCUCCAUCAGGGCCCAGUUUGGGCUCACGGACACGAGGAAUACAACGCAUGGAUCAGAUUCCGUGGAGUCGGCUCAAAGAGAAAUCAGCUUCUUCUUCCCGGAUUUCUGUGCGGACGAGUGGCUGGAGAAAGAGGAGCCUUCGUUCAGAUCAGGACGGAUGCAUUACGACCAUCACAGCCAGAUUCACACGCUCUCAGCACCGAGCUGACCUUCAGCAGGAGGUCAAA